UCCACCAGCAAGUUAUCUAAUGUCAUGAAAAAUUCCAUAUUCCUUGCCUUAGAAACCCUCCAUACUAUGGGAAACAUCUAAAAGUGAGAUUAUCGUAUAAUUCCUUUCUGAUUUUAGGCGAAACACGGCAACGAACGGGUAAGAAAACAAGCGAAGAAACGUUAUUCGCGAGGCGGACGAUCCCGGAAAAUGGGGCCACUCGCGUUCUCGGUGUUUCUCCCAGGCCCCUUUUCCCCUGAGCAUUUCUGUCUGAACCAUUUCGUCUCGAUCAGUGAAAAAAAACAGAAAAACUUUCCUUCGUCUAAAUCGAUAGUGCAAAAAAAUUCAUUCGAAUCAAUGUGCAUAUGAUGCGAGGAGGAAAAAGGAAAAGGGAGAUUUUAAGAUCGACGAAUUUCACUUUGACCUCGUUGUAAAAAGUUUUUAUUUCACAGAACCCGACUGAUCUCCAAAUUUCGAAAAUGGACGUUCACGUUGGGGAGCAAGAUGGUGUCAGAGUUUCGAAAGUCAACAUUUUCAUCGACAAGGGGAUGAAUGGUCGUUACGACGCGAGUACCUUGGACAACAUCAUUAAAGUGGGAACGCAGGAUAAUUUCCGAAUUUCAGCGCUGAUGAAUCUCAUCGGAAAAGGUAAAAACAAGAAAGGUCGAAAACACAGAAAACACAAGCGGCCUCGAAAACAGAAGAACCACCCAGUUUCCGAAACAACCAGCACCUUCUCGACGGACUACGAAACCGCAGAGCAACCAACUGAGGAGCUUCCCGAAAUAGACUUGGACGAUUUCGAAAGGGACACCAAAGGCUCGAAAAAGGGGAAUAGACGUCCUACUUCGUCAAAGGAGGGCAAAUCUGAAAAAGGAAAGGGUCGCGACUCAACCGGACGGAAGACGGCCUCGUGUAGAAAGAAUGAAAAUUGUCCCUCGAGUCGAUCUCCUGGCGCGGAGGGUGACCGAGAGCAGAAAGUUGACGAUCGAAUGAACCAAGCGAGAAAAGGUACGAAGGAGCCCGCGGACCAAUCGCCCAAGAUUAAGGGUCAAAUGCAGGAAGUUGACGAUCGAAUGACCCAAGCGAGAAAAGGUACGAAGGGGCCCGCGGACCAAUCGCCCAAGAUUAAGGGUCAAAUGCAGGAAGUUGACGAUCGAAUGAACCAAGCGAGAAAAGGUACGAAGGGGCCCGUGGACCAAUCGCCCAAGAUUAAGGGUCAAAUGCAGGAAGUUGACGAUCGAAUGACCCAAGCGAGAAAAGGUACGAAGGGGCCCGUGGACCAAUCGCCCAAGAUUAAGGGUCAAACGCAGGAAGUUGACGAUCGAAUGACCCAAGCGAGAAAAGGUACGAAGGGGCCCGUGGACCAAUCGCCCAAGAUUAAGGGUCAAACGAUAAAGGAUAAUAAUCGAAAGAUAAAAGCGAGCCGCACUGGGAGUCGACGUACGAAUGGGCACCACGGCCUCAAAUCCAAAAUGCGUAGGAUAAAAUCGUUGGCGAACUCUAACAUGGAAAUGCCAUCUGACAACGGCGAUUCUGGAUCGAGCUUUAUGGGAGGACUGAGCAAUGGGUUUGGAAAAGUUGCAUCGACUUUGGGCAAUUUUGCCACGACCGCAGGCGAAACUAUCAGCAAUAAAAUUAAAAUGACUGGAAAAUGGGCCGACGUGGGAACCGAAGUACUUGGUGGCGUCGCACGAGGAAUCAAUCGCGGACUCAGCAACGCGGCCAUCGAUGACUCCAAUGAUCCUGGGAGAAGUAACCAGAAUGGCGGGGAAGAAGAUGAUGGGGUUGUUCCUAUUCAAAAUCCCCUUCCAAACGAGAUGGAAAACGAGGACACCGGUACCGACGACGUUGCUCCGGAUGAUAUUGAGAAAGAUAAAACGGAUGAUGUCGAUGCUAACGAUGGUGAUGCUGCUGCUGCUGAUAUUGAUCCCAAGGAAUCACCCAUCCCUCACCAAGAAAAUGGGAACGAUGGUAAUAAGAUAAAUGGUACAGAAGCGACGAGCGAGAAUGAGCAUCUUCCGGUUCCCGAAAGUACCAAAGCAACGAUAAAUGCCGAUGAGCUCCCAACUGUCGGAGAUACCGAAGAAAAGACAGAAGCUGAGCAGACCCCGAAUGCCGAUGAUCCCGAAGCAACGGCAGGAGAAGAGCAAUCUCCGAACAUUGAAAGUAACGAAGCACCGACAGAAGAAGAGCAACUUCUGCAAGUCGGAAAUACCGAGGAAGCAACGGCAGGAGAAGAGCAACUUCCGAAUGUCGAAAAUACCGAGGAAGCAACGGCAGGAGAAGAGCAACUUUCGAAAGAGAAAGUCCAAGAGACGGUGGAAUCUUUAGAGGAAAUAUUUAAAAGGGAACAGGCAAUCUACCUGAAGUAUUAUUCGACGAACAACGAAUACGAUUUCAACAACAAAGUGACUCAAGGAACGACCAGCCGAUACUGCAUGAAACAACACGGAAUGGAAGAUCUGUACACGAUACCUCCGACAUGCUGCAGUCGCAGAUACGAAUGCGAAUUUUCGAUAGAAUAUAACCAGACGAAAAUAAGGCCGGAGCGGAAGUGGUCGACGAAUCGUCUCCGUGAUUGCCGGUGCGACAAAGCGUUUUUCAAAUGUCUUAUAAGCACUCCGAGUCCUCGGCUGAUACAUCCGAUCCUCUUGUUCGUUCAUGACAAAUGUAGCAUCAAAAAGCUCAAUCGACUGAAUUCGACCGAAGAGAUCGGGUACAAGCUCGUUAAUUCGGCAAGUUUCUUCCUUUAUCCACUGUACAGUUAAGGAGCGAACGCAAAAACAAAACAAAAAAUAGCCAAUUUAACUCGAGACACGAUACACAUGUUAUGGCAUAGGCCGGGUGCGCGCACUUGCCAGCAGUGCAAAAAUCUCUUGUAAACACUCCAUCCCACCUCGCCAGUCCAGCCCCGUCCCCCCGUCAUCCUUUAUUCUUAUUUAUUUCAUCGACUCAACUUCUAUUUAAAAUGCUCUCCUUACCCCAUCAUGCAUCAUUGUAAUAGUCAACUUAUAUUGUUUAUUUAAAUAUAAAUAUCUGGUACAACCA